UAAUAGUUUAUCAAGUUAAAUAGUUGCGGCGUACAAUUGUUAUAAACAUAUUAUCUAAUAACAAUAAAUAUAGAUAUAUAUUUACAUACGUAUAAAAAAUCUAAGUAUACGUAUAUGGAUAAAUCUUAAAUGUGCGCUCAAGUACACAACUAAGACAAUGUCGCAAAGAGAUACCGUAAUUCAUCUAGUUGCUGGCGGAACUGCUGGUACAGUGGGAGCUAUUGUAACAUGUCCACUGGAAGUUGUAAAAACAAGAUUGCAGUCAUCAACUUCAGGUUUUUAUUUAUUGCCACCAUCUCCACCGGCUUCGGCAUCUUCAUCAAAACUCUCUUCCUUGUCCUCCUCUGUAACAUCGUCUAAGAUUUCAGAAAACUCAUCAAGAUUCACGCCGUACCACCAACACCAUCAACAGUACUAUCAUUACCAUCAUCUUCAUCACAAUCACCCUCACAAAAAAUCACAACAACAGCAGCACUAUCACCGCCAUCAUCGUUCAUGGUCCAACAAUAUUGCCCUUGGAUCACCUCCACAGCAAAAAAUAAAAAGAUUAAGUACUACAAGUGGCAGCAGGUAUUCUAGGUAUGCUAUCACAACUUUCCCAUCGAAUUUUUCUGGAGAAUUGUAUAAACAUUUUAUAAGAGUUCCUACGGCCACUGGUACUGCGACGACACUAACAGUGUCUUCACCUCACUUAGCUAUCAUUAAUGGCCAUAAAAAUCAUGAAACACCAUCACCAUCAAAACCCUACCGUCAUCACCACCAUCAUCUCCACCAUAAUCAUCUUCCUUCACCACCCUCGCAGCCUUCACCAGGUCUUAUACAUUGUUUGCGAUAUAUUGUUAAGUACGAGGGAGUUGGCGCACUAUUCAAAGGACUUGGACCAAACCUAGUGGGCGUCGCACCGUCACGUGCUAUAUAUUUUUGUACAUACUCCCAAAGUAAGAGUUUUUUUAACUCAAAUUUACCGACUGCUCCUGACAGUGCAAUGGUCCAUGUUUUUUCAGCAGCUUGUGCUGGAUUCGUAGCGUGCACGGCAACUAAUCCAAUUUGGUUCGUCAAAACUCGACUUCAGCUAGAUCAUAGUCACAAUACAGAAAAUCGUUCAACGGCUAUCGAUUGUAUUAGAAAAAUAUACAGGCAAUCGGGUUAUCUUGGAUUUUACAAAGGUAUUGUCGCUUCUUAUGUAGGAAUAAGUGAAACCGUAAUUCACUUUGUAAUUUAUGAAGCUGUUAAGAGUUGGUUAAUAAAACGUCGUGUACGAGAUUCAAUUAAAAAUAACAAUUCUAAAGAAGAAAAUGCAUCAUCGAAAACUUCCCGUGAUUUUAUAGAGUUUAUGGCAGCUGGCGCUUUUUCCAAAACCGUUGCAUCAUGUAUAGCUUAUCCACAUGAAGUUAUAAGAACACGGCUUAGGGAAGAGGGUACUAAGUAUAGAGGUUUUUGGCAAACGCUGAAUGUAGUAUACACUGAAGAGAGCAUUCGAGGACUUUAUCGUGGAUUGACUACUCAAUUAGUUCGUCAAAUUCCGAAUACGGCCAUUAUGAUGGCCACGUACGAGUGUGUGGUAUACGUACUAAAGAAGAAAUUUCAACCUUCGUCUGAAAAAUUCAACAGCAUUAAUAAUACGAGCGCUGCUAAUAAAAAUGCUGAAAACUUAUCGACUAAUACAACGACAUCUCCUAUUACUUCAACGUCUUCAUCCUCCUCGUCACAGCUACGGUAUUCUUCAAAAAAUAAACAAAAGGGUGAAUUAAUUUAACAUUAAGUUAUAUUAAUUUUAUGUAAAAAUAACUGAUAUUAAUUUGUUAUAUUGUACAGAAUAGAUAUAAAAAAAAAUGAAAAAGAGUAUAAUUAAUAAUGUAUAAUAAUCACUACCAGGAAGUAUCCUUAUUUUUAAUAUACAGAGGAUCGUAUAUAAGUUUUCUCUUUAAAACAAUAUAUUUUUCUCUCUUAGUUAUUUAUCAAUAGUGCAUUGUUCUUUUAUCAAGUGUGACUAGAUGAAAUAGUUUAAAAUUAUGGCGUUAUUGUAGAAAAAUAUUUAUUCAGAGUAUGAUACGAGAUAAAAUAUAAUUUCAAACUUAAAUUCAACGGAUUGAAUCAAACGCUUAAACGGUAAAUAAUUGAGGCUGUGUGUAUUAAAUUUAUUUUUUGCAUAGAUUGGUGAAUGCAGUUAGUGACGCAUGUUGGUGUAUAAAAAAUAUUGCAGUAAUAGGCUUGAAGCCAAAAGAUUGCACUGAUAAAAAAAUUAAUUUUAUUCGAGAAAAAAAAUCUUUAACUAAAAAGAUUAUUUUGAAGAAUUGAAUUUUUUUUUUUAAAUAAAUUUCUUGGUUCAAGAUUUUUUCUCUUUAAUCAAGUUGAUUUUUUUAUCAAUGUGCAUUUUAGUUUUAACGCUGUUGAUAUUAUCUUAAGUAUAUUUUUUUUAAACAAUUAUAAAUGUAAACGUGAAUAAUAAAGUCAAUGAUAAUUAAAGAUAA